AAAAAAUGGAUAAAGUAAAACCAAAUAAUAAUGAAGGUGCAGUAGAGGAGACGCUUGUUAAAUCAACAGAUGAAAUAAAUAUAAAUGUAAUGACACAGAAACAGAAAAUGCAAUAUCUAAGAUCUAAUAUUACAGUGGAACCAAUAUUAACGUUAUUUAUGGUGCCAAGUGUACUUUCAUUGCUGGCAGCACAAAACCUUUACAUUGAUAAAGCAUGUCGCGUGAACCUGGAAUAUGGAGAUGAAGUGUGCCUGGACUUACGACUUCGGAAAACAGCAAAUCACACGAUCGAAGAGUUAGGAGUACAAAAGCUAAUAGCAUCCGUUCAAGCUUGGAGGAGCGUUAUUUACACGAUUGUACCAACUGUGCUCAUGCUAUUCGUAGGCGCGUGGAGUGAUAAAACGGGAAGAAGGAAAAUCUGCAUGUUAAUGCCAAUCUUUGCAGAAUUCAUGACUUGCAUGAUCAAUUUAAUAAACACUUAUUUUUUCUAUGAAAUAUCUGUGGAAUGGACUGUGAUCUUGGACAUUCUUUUUCCAUCUCUCACGGGCGGUUGGUACACUAUGUUCCUAGGUACAUUUAGUUAUUUAUGCGACAUAACUUCUAAAGAGACGAGGACAUUCCGCUUAGGAAUUCUUAGUCUGUGUUUAACGAUAGGUUUUCCCAUCGGUAUGGGAUUCAGUGGUGUACUAUUAAAGUAUCUCGGAUUCUAUGGUGUAUUUAGUAUUGCGGGUGGAAUUCAUUUGUUUAAUUUUUGUUAUCUCUACUUUAAUAUAGAAGAUCACACUUGGCUAGAAGAUAAGGACAAGAAAAAGCGCAGAGGAUUUCUUGGAUUCCUAUUAGAGUUUUUUGAUUUCAAUAGCCUGAAAGAAACUAUGGGUAUUGUUUUUAAGAAGGGAAGAAAUAAUCGAAGACUUCAACUGUGUCUUAUUCUCACCUGCGUUUGUUUACAUUUUGGUCCACUGAUGGGUGAAUUAAGCGUGAUGUAUAUUUUUGUACGCUAUCGCUUCAAUUGGGACGAAGUGAAGUACAGUAUAUAUUCGACUUAUAGUCUUAUCAUGCACUUGAUUGGUACGGUAUUCUCGAUAAGUAUUUUCAGUAAGAAAAUGAAAGCCCACGAUUCUGUAUUGGGAAUAAUUUCAGCGUCAAGUAAGAUCGCCGGCGCUCUGGUUUUAACAUUCGCUGUCAAAGACUAUCAAGCUUACUUGUGUCCAUUAGUCGAAAUAUUAAAUGGUACAGCGGCUAUAGCUUUAAGAUCACUAUCAUCUAAACUUGUCUCCUAUCAAGAAUUAGGUAAAUUGAAUUCGUUAUUCGGAAUGGUUGAAACUAUCAUGCCCUUGAUCUAUGCACCCAUAUAUACCAAGGUGUAUGUGGCAUCGCUUCAUAUAUUACCAGGAACUGUGUUCCUACUUAGUAUUGCGUCUACGAUACCCGUAUUGGUAAUUUUUAGUUGGUUUUAUCACGAACAUCGGAAGAGUGUGAAAGAAAAACAAAUGCAGAUUUUAACAAAACCAGAAGAAUCUGAUGAAAAAAAUGAAAAUGAUGCAAUGCUCGUGAAGAAUUCUCAAAUUGAAUGUUUGCUCCAUGAUGUUAAAACAACAGAACAAUCGAAUGGCCACGAAAGUAAUAACGUUUAAAGAAAAA